UCUGGUGGAAUUUUUAACGGACGAUCUGCACGAUACUCUGUUCUCACUUAUUACUGAAACCAAGAUGAAGCUCAAUUAUAUUCCUUUCUUGCCUGUGAUCUUAAGCCUUUUGGCUAUACAAGUUCACGCAAUUUCUUUCAUGCUAGCUGCUAAUGUUAGGAGAUGUCUCAAAGAUGAAAUACAUAAAGAUGUUCUUGUAACAGGGGAUUUUAAACUGUCAGAUGCACCGGGACACAAGACAACAUUGCAGGUGACAGACUCUAAGGGUCAUACAUUGUACACAAGAGAAGAAGCAACAGAAGGAAAAUUUGCAUUCACUACAGACGAUUAUGACACUUAUGAAAUUUGUUUCAUUACAAAAGUACCUGCAGGUAUGCGAGCAGGAGAGAGGGAAGUCACUAUCGUAGUCAAGCAUGGUGUGGAGGCCAAGAGCUACGAAGAUCUAGCCAAGUCCGAGAAGCUAAAACCAAUGGAGAUUGAACUACGGAGGCUGGAAGAUCUGUCAGAAGCUAUCGUCAAUGACUUUGGAUACAUGAAGAAGAGAGAGGAAGAGAUGAGAGACACAAAUGAAUCUACAAAUUCCAGAGUAUUAUACUUCAGUAUUUUCUCAAUGGUUUGUCUAAUGAGUUUAGCAACAUGGCAAGUCUUUUAUCUCAGGCGCUACUUCAAAUCUAAGAAGCUGAUUGAAUAGUUUUCUUCAUCUAUAGUGCCUUUAUUUGUUUGUUUCCUUCUUUAUCCUUUAUUCUAAUUUCUUGAAGUUGGGUAUGGGUUUAGCCAAAACAACCAAAUAAUAAAUGGUCAUUUCUGAUACAAAAUAAAUAAGUUUGUGAUUCAUAACUUUUAAUGGCCAUACGUUAUUGGGUAAAAUUUGAAUUAGAUAUUGCCAUUUAACAAUGGCAGAGCUGCUAACUAAUAC